CUCCGUCUCGUCGCUUUGUUUACUGAUCCAUUAGUUGUUGUAAAAUUAGAUAGAAGUUAGAUAUUGUUGUUAAACGAUAAACCGUACUGAUCAUAAUUAGACACAAUAUAGCAUGUGGCUUGUCUGUUUUUUUUUUUGGUUUCAGAAAUGUGGACGCUGGUUUCACACAACGUAAAUAUUUGAUUAAUAACUUCAUUUUAGCACUCGAAUCGGAAGCUAACUUCAGCUACGUUCGAAACUUUAGCUAGCUAGCUAAAGCACCGGCGAGCUAGCUUACCCGAACACUUACCCGUGUUGUUAGCUUAGCUUAGCUUUAGCUUCAGCGUUAUCAAGUUUACAGCAUGGACGUCUUACGCCCAUCUCUUAUCAACAUAAAUGGAAGAAUAUACCGGAGGAAUGUAAUUAAAGAAGAACAUUACGAGGAAGAAGAGGAGUUCUCCUACGUGGGUCCAUCAGAGAGUGAAGAACUGGCAGCAGACGAAACCUGUGAUACCCACGUCAUUGAUCAGACUGAUAAAGGAUACCGCUGUGCCAUUGAUGUCCCAAGUGUUCUUUACAAAUACAUUAUUGGAAAGAAGGGAGAGACACGCAGACGUCUAGAGUCUGACACAAAGACAUCGAUUAACAUCCCGAAACAAGGAGUGGAAGGACAGAUUGUUAUCACAGGCUCCCACAAAGCUGCAGUCUCGUCUGCAGUCACACGAGUUGAGGUCCUUGUUGACAGUUUCCGGAGAAAACAGCCUUUCACGCACUUCCUGUCAUUUCCCCUGAAUGAUCCCAAAAUCCAAGAGGGAUUCCUUAAAUUCAAAGAUGAGGUGUUGCAACAGUGUUCACAGGAUCAUGGAGUCGAGGGAAGCAUCUUUCAGAACCCGGCAAAGCUUCACCUGACGAUCGGCACCAUGUCUCUGUUAAAUGAGAUGGAAGUGAGAAAAGCAUGUGAACACCUCCAAGAGUGUCAAAGCUUCAUCAGAGACAUUGCAGAAGGAAAACCGCUGCCGUUGGAGGUGACGGGUAUCGAGUACAUGAACGACGACCCGGCCAUGGUGGAUGUGUUGUAUGCCAAAGUCAACGCGAAAGACAGAUCUGACAAGUUGCAGGUGAUUGCCGAGCGGCUGGUGGAGCACUUUGUGUCCGCGGGGCUGAUGGUCAGAGAGUGGGACAGAGUGAAGUUGCAUGGCACUGUGAUAAACACUCUGUUCAGACGGGACUCCACAGGUGAAGAGUCGGGCGGCUCAGGAAGACAAACCGUGAGCGAAAGAGAGGCUUUUGAUGCCAGGAACAUAUUGAAGAAAUUCGGUGCUUGUCGUUUUGGAGAGUUUGAGCUGAACACUGUCCUGCUGUCCCAGAGAUAUUCCACAGACUGUACGGGCUACUACACCUCUGCAGGGAGCAUCAACUUCUCCUGAGCUGACCGUAUUUUGAGGUCUCUGAUGAAAGUGGCAGCAGGGCAGAAGGUUCUCACUGAUGUUGACUGAUGAAGGAGCUCUCAGCUGACAGUUAAGCUCUGUGGGAAACAUCACGUGAGGAACAGGAAUGGACUUAAAAACAAAUUGUCUUUGCAUUUUUAGCUGACUCCUUUGUUGAAAUGAAAGAGAGAAAAAAAAUAUAUUUUUUUGUGUUGUGUUUUCCUUCAUGUUGGCAGGAGGUGGUACAUAUAUUUUUUCCCCCAAAUCUGACACGAAUAAAUAAAAGUGUAAAGCAUCGAAGCCCGGG